GGACUAAAUACUUCAACAAAAAUCUUUGUAAGCCAAAAGGAUCCAGAAUCUUUAGAACAGGCUGUCAAAUAUGCCAGAAUCCUCUUCUUCAGUCAAAGGUUGGAUGUUUAAUCAAGUCAUUCAAUUACUUUAUUAUAUGGCUGAUUUAUACAUUUCAAACAAUCAAUUUUGUAUUUCAUUUGUAUUGUAUCUGAAAACUGAAACAUUGUCUAAUCAUUGUACAUCAUGCACUAUCCAGAAAAAAAGAUUACCAGAAGCAGAGUUCGAAGAAUGGAAAUUGUCUCAUGAUGCGGAUUGUGGGAAGAGCUAUUUAGGCAGUACAGGUGUCAUGGAGUUGGUUGCAAUGGGGAACAUUUUUGAACAAUCUAUGGAUGAUAACAUUGUUUAUGAGAAC